UCGGGCGACGUUUGCGUGAAUGAGAGGCGAGAAAACACCGUCCGUUCGCCCGUCCCUUGCGUCACGCUGCUAGCAUGUUUACGAAAUUAUUCGUUUUCACCGUUUAUCGACCAGCUGUGGUGACAUGAACCGUUUCGAAGAAUACAAGCCUGCAACGAAGAAGCGACAGCGUUGUUAGUGCGUCUCAGGAUGCCAUGCGACGAUGUGCAUCGCUGUUUUUAGUCAGUAACCGCGACUGGCAGCGCGUGAAGAAACGUCUUGUGCUCGGCCUUAACACAAGUUCCAUAUUGCGGUACAACACAGCUAACAACCAGCCGUGUGCUACUCCUGUCCCAGGCGGCGUGACACAUAGAGCAUGCUAACGUCGUCAUUUGCCGUGAGCUGUACCGCACAGAGUGGUUGGAUCUCGCCUCCUGGCUCUAAUUAACGCCUCACGCAAGACGUGGUAUUGGCUCCCGCCACUAGCUCUCUCAGUUAACAUGGAGCUCCGCCCUCUCAAAUAUCUCAUGGUCGCCGUGUUUUUUGUCUUCACGGCGACUCUGGUGUUCCUGCCUCUCAGUCUCUCGGACAAAAUUCGUCACGUGCGAGACCCAAGGCGGAGACAUGCCUACCAGACGGUUGUCUCACUAACAAGCUGCUUCGGCGGUGGCGUUUUCCUUGCUACAUGUCUACUGCAUCUGCUUCCUGAGGCACGCAGCCAGUUUAGUAAAGGCAUUGUGAACCAUUGGGAAAAUGCACCUGACUUCCCGUUUGUCGAGUUUCUCUGCAUCGGGGGCCUGCUGCUUGUCCUUGUUAUUGAGCAGGUGACACUGUUCUGGAAGGAAACUCAUGCUGCAAGGCUCACUUACUCUGCCCCGUCUCCAUUCGGCCGGGACACGCCUGUGGUGAACUAUGGCAGCCUCCAGCAGUCGGACUCGCAUGGCGACGGGCAUGUGCGCGGUGUGGCUGAUGACAUAGAAGAUGCAGAGGAGGAAGAGGGUAAUAUGGAAUCCAUCCAUGGAGACCCCAACUCCCACUCCAGCCUCCGGUCCAUAGUGCUCGUGAUGUCCCUCUCACUGCACUCAAUUUUCGAAGGUAUCGCUAUAGGCCUACAGCCAAAUGUGCAGCUGCUGUUACAGAUCCUGGCGGCCGUAUCCAUACACAAGAGCAUCUUGGCCGUUACCUUAGGACUCAACUUGGCGCACAGCCGGCUCGGACACUGCAGCAUUGUCACGAGUGCACUCGCCUUUUCACUCAUGGCUCCCCUUGGCAUGGUGCUUGCCAUACUCCUCAUGCAAGGUGACUCUGGUGAAGCAGCCCUGUUGAAUGGCAUUCUUCAAGGCUUGGCAUGUGGGACAUUCCUCUAUGUGACCUUCUUUGAGGUGCUGCCCCACGAAAUGAGCCACACGCAUAACAGGCUGCCAAAAGUGCUGUGCAUGGUAGUGGGUGUUGGUGCCAUCACCAUGCUGCUCUUGUCUCUUCCUCACUGAUCACAUAUCUUAUACUUGCCGUCUGCCGAUGAUGCUUGUGCUUGCCAAAGCUGUGCCUGUCCUUGCUUGGCUCUUUGCAGGCGACAGUAGUUCCUUUUGUUAUGUUGUUUAGACAGAACCUGCGCAGCACAUUUGAAAGUGCUGUUUCUAUUGAUUGGUACUAUUCUUAGUGAAUGGCCCUGACCUAUCGCUGAAUGCAUAAGCUACUAUCAACAAGAUAUUUGAACUUAUGUCAGCUAAUAUAUAUGCAACAUGAACACAGUGAAGUAAGUGGACCGGAAACUAAUGCUGUACUGCAUAGUGUGCUACUCUAUUCCAAGUUCAGCAAUGCGACUGCCUCUGAAUUCACAUCUCCAUUUUAAUAUUCAGAUGCCAUGCACAUAUGUCUUAAUAACAUGAAUAUGAAUAGUAAGAAGCAUUCAUCGCCACUUUGAAUGUCAUGUGCAGGUUAUCUCUUAUAACCACCAUAUUAAGAUGCCUUUUACAGUUUUCACCCAAGUAAGUCUAGUAUGCUGGUAGCAUUAGACAUCAUUUGUGUUGUGAAAAAUAGCCAUUUCGGACAAAAAAGAAAUGUUGAUUUUCUCAUGUUCUUAUUUUUCUUUUCAGUCAGAUAUUGAGCGAAUGUUUAUAAAUUGUGCAUAAUAUCUCCACAUGUCAAAAAGUUGCAGAAAAUGUACCAAUUAUUGCGUAUGCCUGUGGUUUCAAUCCAGACCAGACAACUUACGAUUUGAAUCGAGAGUUGAUGGAGCAUAUUUAUCGUUUGUAUGUACAUUCCGUUUCCAGCGUACAUGACAUACAAGCGCAGCUGUGUUACAAUACUGUGUUAUGUUUAUGUUCUAUUCUCCAGUACAACUGUGCAAGCUUGGUUGAGAGGAAAACAGAUGGAGCAUGUAGCUGUCUUUCAAGGCACAUUACUAAAAGCAAGCUUGAAGUUUUAAACAAAUGCUAUUGUGCCUUGAUACUCGAGUAUGCGAGGAUUGUAUAUAUUCUUUCGGCUGUGAUAAAGAUGGUAGAGUGAUCUAUUGAAUGUGGUUAUGGUAACACAAUUGCAGUACUUUGUGCUGUUAAGCGUAAUCACGCCCAGUGUCCAAUGUUUCUUUUACAAUGUGAGAGAUGUUUGAUGGCCUUUGCAAACAAUUUGUUUUUCUAUUAUGACCACACAGUAAUGCCUGCGUAUAUUCAAAAUAGGAUUGAUGCAGCUAGUUUGGUUUACAGUCGUAAUGAAUUUUUUUCCCUACACCUUUUGACGUUGCUGUACGAGUGAUUGGACCUGGUGCUGAAACCAUGUAAAAUUCACUUGUUUGUGUGACAACAGCUCCAAGUUCCUGCUUUUUGGGCUUGCAUAUACACAGUGAAGAGUCAGCAGGUGCAACUAGUCAGCCACACAUAUGUCACAACCUGCGGGAAUCAGUACCUGCAUUCCAUAGGUAGGAAGGAACUAGUGUACAAUAGUCAUGGUAGCGGUUGCCUCAACAGCUUUCGUGCAACUGUGCUUUUCCCAUUUAAUUAGCAUUACAUACAUGGUACAUGCAAGAUUAACUGCUUUGUGUAUAUGAAAUUUAAAAUGAUAUUGACACUGCCAUUCAAUGCAGCUAGUUUUAAUAGUGGAACCGACAACAUUGGUACCUCUAACUUUAAAUGUGAUUUAAUUUCCUGUCACAUUCACAGUUACAUUGACUGAACAGAUUUAAAAAUAUGCAGUAAUGGCACAGUUUCUGGAUUUUCUUCUAGUUCCACCAUUGCCUGUCCUCAUAGCUAUCUAUGCAGGACAGAGUCUACAUCAGAACUUAGAUAAAGGUUAAGUUGCUUCGCAUGUGCUUAUGGCAGGGCUUGUUAAGGACAGUCCUGCGUUCUGCGCAGCUUUUGAGAGCAGCCUUUGUAAUAACCAAGUUGAAAAGCGAAUCUCAUCGGCACAGUUGCUAUGCUUAAGCUUUGUUGGCAUCUGCAGCUUAUUAUCUUAUCUGCAGUGCUGCUUUCUUAGUCAGUUAUGUUAGUUUCUGCUCUUGCACUGCUCCAAGCAUGGAUUUGUUUUUGAUACUGAACAUGGUAUGCACCUUUUACAAUUUAUGGGCAGUGUUUUACCAGUGAAUAAACAGCUGUUUUUUUU